AUUAGUUCGUUGCAGCUGGUGGUUGCAGGGACGGCUGGAAGCAAGGAGAGGAAGGAGAGGAAGUCGUAGCUGGGAAGGGAACCAGGAAGCGCGUGCCAGAUCCAGGAGCUGCUAGAAAGAAACGAAACUGAAAGCAGGGAAUUUACCAAGUUUGGGGAGGAGGAGUGAAACCUAAGGAAGACAGGACCUGCAGUGCCGCUCCCCAUUUCACGCCACUCCCGAGACAGAGGACCUAGGUCCUGGCGAGCUGGACGUGGUGCAGAGAGCCGAGCAGGGAAACCAGAAAUCUGAAGGCCGCGCCAGAGCCCUGCUUCCCCUUGCAGCUGCGGCAGGUGGCCAUGGACUUGUACCGCACCCCGGCCAGCGAGCUGGACAGGUUCGUGGCCACAAGGCUGCAGCCGCGGAAGGAGUUCACAGAGACGGCGCGGCGCGCCCUGGGCGCCCUGGACGCUGCCUUGAGGGAGCGCAGGGGCCGCCCCGGAGCUCCUGCCCCGCGGGUGCUGAAAAUCGUCAAGGGAGGCUCCUCUGGCCGGGGCACAGCUCUCAAGGGUGGCUGUGAUUCUGAACUUGUCAUCUUCCUCGACUGCUUCAAGAGCUACGUGGACCAGAGGGCCCGCCGUGCAGAGAUCCUUAGUGAGAUGCGGGCAUUGCUGGAAUCCUGGUGGCAGAACCCAGUCCCUGGUCUGAGCCUCAAGUUUCCUGAGCAGAGCGUGCCUGGGGCCCUGCAGUUCCGCCUGACAUCCAUAGAUCUUGAAGACUGGAUGGAUGUUAGCCUGGUGCCUGCCUUCGAUGUCCUGGGGCAGCUCAGUUCUGGCACCAAACCAAAUCCCCAGGUCUACUCGAGGCUCCUCAGCAGUGGCUGCCAGGAGGGCGAACAUAAGGCCUGCUUCGCAGAGCUGCGGAGGAACUUCGUGAACAUUCGCCCCGCCAAGUUGAAGAACCUGAUUCUGCUGGUGAAGCACUGGUACCGCCAGGUUGUGGCUCAGAACAAAAGAAAACGGCCAGCCCCUGCCUCUCUGCCCCCAGCCUAUGCCCUGGAGCUCCUCACCAUCUUCGCCUGGGAGCAGGGCUGCGGGAAGGACUGUUUCGACAUGGCCCAAGGCUUCCGGACAGUGCUAGGGCUCGUGCAGCAGCAUCAGCAGCUCUGUGUCUACUGGACGGUCAACUAUAGCACUGAGGACCCAGACAUGAGAAUGCACCUUCUUGGCCAGCUCCGAAAACCCAGACCUCUGGUCCUGGAUCCCGCUGAUCCCACCUGGAAUGUGGGCCAGGGUAGCUGGGAGCUGUUGGCCCAGGAAGCAGCAGUGCUGGGGAUGCAGGCCUGCUUUCUGAGUAGAGAUGGGACAUCUAUGCCGCCCUGGGAUGUGAUGCCAGCCCUCCUUUACCAAACCCCAGCUGGAGACCUCGACAAAUUCAUCAGUGAAUUUCUCCAGCCCAACCGCCAGUUCCUGGCCCAGGUGAACAAGGCUGUUGAUACCAUCUGUUCAUUUCUGAAGGAAAACUGCUUCCGGAAUUCUCCCAUCAAAGUGAUCAAGGUGGUCAAGGGUGGCUCUUCAGCCAAAGGCACAGCCCUGCGAGGCCGCUCAGACGCCGACCUCGUGGUGUUCCUCAGCUGCUUCAGCCAGUUCACUGAGCAGGGGAACAAGCGGGCCGAGAUUAUAUCUGAGAUCCGAGCCCAGCUGGAGGCAUGUCAACGGGAGCAGCAGUUCGAGGUCAAGUUUGAAGUCUCCAAAUGGGAGAAUCCCCGUGUGCUGAGCUUCUCACUGACAUCCCAGACGAUGCUGGACCAGAGUGUGGACUUUGACGUGCUGCCAGCCUUUGACGCCCUAGGCCAGCUGGUCUCUGGCUCCAGGCCCAGCUCUCAAGUCUACGUCGACCUCAUCCACAGCUACAGCAAUGCAGGCGAGUACUCCACCUGCUUCACAGAGCUGCAGCGGGACUUCAUCAUCUCUCGCCCUACCAAGCUGAAGAGCCUGAUCCGUCUGGUGAAGCACUGGUACCAGCAGUGUCACAAGAUCUCCGAGGGGAGAGGCUCCCUACCCCCAAAGCAUGGGCUGGAACUCCUGACUGUGUACGCCUGGGAGCAGGGCGGGAAGGACCCCCAGUUCAACAUGGCUGAGGGCUUCCGCACGGUCCUGGAGCUGGUCACCCAGUAUCGCCAGCUCUGUGUCUACUGGACCAUCAACUACAACACCGAGGACAAGACUGUUGGAGACUUCCUGAAACAGCAGCUUCAGAAGCCCAGGCCUAUCAUCCUGGAUCCGGCUGACCCGACAGGCAACCUGGGCCACAGUGCCCGCUGGGACCUGCUGGCCAAGGAAGCUGCAGCCUGCAUGUCUUCCCUGUGCUGCGUGGGACGGAAUGGCAUCCCCAUCCAGCCAUGGCCAGUGAAGGCUGCUGUGUGAAGUCAAGAAAAUCAGUGGUCCUACUGGAUGAAGAGAAGAUGGACACCAGCCCUCAGCAUAAGGAAAUUCAGGGUCCCCUGCCAGACGAGAGAGAUUGUGUGUGUGUGUGUGUGUGUGUGUGUGUGUGUGUGUGUACCCAUGUAUGCAAGUGUGUUUUAGUGAAUCUGCUCUCCCAGCUCACACACUCCCCUGCUUCCCAUGACUUGCACACUAGGAUCCGGACUCCAUGGUUUGACACCAGCCUGCAUUUGCAGCUUCUCUAUCACUGCCUUGACUCUAUCCUGCUUCCCACGACCACUGCUGCUUCCCACCCAGCUGAGAAUGCCCCCUCCUCCCUGACUCCUCUCUGCCCAUGCAAAUUAGCUCACAUCCUUCCUCCUGCUACAAUCCAACCCUUCCUCCCACUGGCCCCUCCUUCUUCCCAAAUCUAAAUACUUUAUAUAGGGAUGGCAGAGAGUUUCCAUCUCAUUUGUCUGCCACAGCCAUUUGGUACUGGCUACCUGGAGCCUUAUCUUCUGAAGGGUUUUAAAGAAUGGCCAAUUAGCUGAGAAGAAUUAUCUAAUCAAUUAGUGAUGUCUGCCAUGGAUGCAGCAGAGGAAAGUGGUGGUACAAGUGCCGUAAUUGAUUAGCAAUGUCUGCACUGGAUGCAGAAAAGAGAAGGUGCUCAUAGGUUUACAGUGUAUGUCUGGACUUUUAAGGAGCCCUCUGAGCUCAGUUGCCAGCAGGAGAGUAUGCCCAUAUUGACUUACUUUGUCUGCCACAGACGCAGACAGAGGGAGUUGGGACAUGCAUGCUAUUGGGACCCUCUUAUUGGACAACUAAUUGGAUGCCUCUUCAUGGGAGGCCUCCUUUUCUUCACCUGUUAUGCUGCACUCCUCCCUAGUUUACACAGCUUGAUGCUGUGGCUCAGUUUGCCUUCUUGAAUUUUUAUUGCGUUCCUGUUUUCUCUCCUAACAUGCUGAGAUUCUGCAUCCCCGGAGCCUAAACCUGAGCCAGUGGCCAAACAGCCAUGCUCAGCCUUUUUCUCUCUGCCCUCCAGAGCAAGGCCCACCAGGUCCAUCCAGGAGGCUCUCCUCACCUCAAGUCCAACAACAGUGUCCACACUAGUCAAGGUUCAGCCCAGAAAACAGAAAACACUCCAGGAAUCUUAGGCAGAAAGGAUUUUAUCUAAAUCACUGGAAAGGCUGGAGGAGCAGAAGGCAGAGGUCACCACCAGACUAUUGGUUUCAAGAUUAGACCACUGUAGCCGAAUCAGGGGUCAGAGAGCCGCCACUGCUGCUGCUAAUGCCACCACUGCCCCUGCCAUCACUGCCUCACAUGCACAAAACUGGAGUCAAAACCUAGGUUAGAUUCCUGCAACCACAAACAUCCAUCAGGGAUGGCCAGCUGCCAGAGCUGUGGGAAGACAGAUCCCACCACCCUUUCUUAGCAGAAUCUAAAUUACAGCCAGAACUCUGGCUGCAGAGGAGUCUGAGACAUGUAUGAUUGAAUGGGCUCCAAGUGCCAAGGGGCGGAGUCCCCAGCAGAUGCAUCCUGGCCGUCUGUUGGGUGGAUGAGGGAGUGGGUCUAUCUCAGAGGAAGGAACAGGAAACAAAGAAAGGAAACCACUGAACAUCCCUUCUCUGCCCCAUGGGAGUGUCUUAGAUAGCCUGACUCUUAACAAACCACUGUUAAAACUUACCUGCUAAGAAUGCUAGAUUGAAUGGGAUGGAAACAGCCUUCCCUCGUUAUUGUCAUUCUUGGAGAGAGGAGAGCAACCAAGGGCAGCUCCUCUGAUUCACCUAGAGCCUGUUCUCUGCCCUGCUUGGCUCAGCCUACAGAGAUUAGAGUCGGUGAAGGGACAGAGGACAGGGCUUCUAAUACCUGUGCCAUAGUGACGGCCUCCAUCCCUGUCCCCCAUCUUGGUGCUGAACCAACACUAAGGGCACCUUCUUAGACUCGCCUCAUCGAUACUGCCUAGUAAUCCAAGGCUAGAACUCUCAGGACCCCAACCUCCACCUCUUGGAUUGGCCCUGGCUGCUGCCACACACACAUCCAAGAGCUCAGGGUCAGCUCUAGUGGGCAGCAGCAACCUGCUCUGCCAAGGUGUCCAGCAGCAGAGUGGCCCUGGCCUGGGUGUCGCAAGCCAGUGAUGCUCCUGAGUAGACCAGGUGGCGGGUCGCAGUUGGGUGCCUUCCAUUCUCACCACACAGACUCUGGGCCUCCCCGUAAAAUGGCUCCAGAACUAGGGUAAUUAUGAGAUGGUGGGAACCAGGGCAGCUCAGGUGCAUGAUACAAGGAGUGGUUGUCAUCUGGGCAGGGCAGAGAGGAGGCCUCGCUGAUCUGAAAAGGGGUGUAUUUCAUUCCAGGCCCUCAGUCUUUGGCAAUGGCCACCCUGGUGUUGACAUAUUGGCCCCACUGGAACUUUUGGGGGCUUCCCGGUCUAGCCACACCCUUGGGUAGAAAGACUUGACUGCAUAAAGAUGUCAGUUCUCCCUGAGUUGAUUGAUAGACUUGUCACCCUAAAAACACCCACAUACGCUUUUCUAUGGAACCAGAUAAGUUGACACUAAAGUUCUUAUGGAAAAAUACACACACAAUAGCUAGGAAAACACAGGAAAAGAAGAGUGCUGAGCAGGGCCUAGUCUUAGCCAAUAUUAAAACAUACUAUGAAGCCUCUGAUAUUUAAACAGCAUAGCGCUGGUACGUAAAUAAACAGACCAGUGCAUUGGGUGACUCUCUCCAAGACUCUGGGGAAAAAAGUAAUAAAAAGCUAAAUGCAAUCAAUCAGCAAUUGAAAGCUAAGUGAGAGAGCCAGAGGGCCUCCUUGGUGGUGAAAGAGGCUUGCAUUUCUUGCAGCCAGAAGGCAGAGAAAGUGAAGAUCAAGUCCAGAACCGAAUCCUAAGAAAUGCAGGACUCCAAAGAAAUUGGUGUGUGCGUGUGUGUGUUUAAUUUUUAAAAAGUUUUUAUUGAGAUAUAAGUCAAUACCAUAAAGCUCUCACCCUUUUAAAGUGUACAAUUCAGUGGUGUGAGUAUAUUCGUAAGAUUUAUACUUGGUGUCUAUUCAUAAAACUUAUAUUCAGCAUAUUCAUAACUAGAGCCAUAUCACAGAUGCAUUCAUCAUAGUAAUUCCAGACAUUUUCAUCACCCUAAAAGGAAACCCUGAAACCCAUUAGCAGUCAUUCCCCAUUCCUCCAACCCAUUCUCUCCCUAAUCCCUAGAAACCGCCAAUCUGCUGUGUAUUUCAUCUAUUGCAAAUAUUUCAUAUAAAUGGCAUGAUACAAUA